UACACAAUUCUUUUGGUAGUCUUCAUUUUAAACCUCUGUCGUUCGGCAGUCAUAAAGUCAACUGGACAGUCAUCAUCAUCAGUUAACCAAAAGGGAACAUGGAGUCUUAACCAAGUUCCCCUGUCCCGACAGCGACGAGAUUCUCUUCUUAAAAUCAAUCCAGAUAUAAGAACUAUUGCGGCGAAUAUCCCUUCCAUUCCGAUGGCUGUUCGUUUGUUCUGGAAAACGCAGAAAUUUCUGCAAAUCAGUGACGAUGGCGUAGUGAAUGGUACCGCGUUUUGUUCAAGUAAAUAUGGUAAGACACGCAACAUCUUCGAGUUGUUUUCAUAACCGUGGCUCAAUUAUGAAUCUGUUUUUCCUAACGCUUACUCAUCUACAUUCUAAUUCCCAUUUAUUUACACAAUACUAUUCGAAACUUAAUUUUCUGGUUUUUGGGAAUUAUACUUGUACUGUGAAUGAUGGCUUUAGAAAUUAAAUAAAAGGAAAAAUUCAAAGACUUCGUUCAAAUUUUCCAAGGUUUAGAAAAACGAUUGUACUUUUGUUUGCAAAGAAAUUAAAAAUAGAGAAAAACACAACCAAUCUAAGAGUAGCUGUUAAAAAGUGAUUUUUCUUCAGUUCAUUUGUUUCUAAUACCAAAUUUUGUUCAAUGUUUAAUGGCAUUUCUAAAACGUACAUUUAGAAGUGAAGAAUUUCCCAGCGUACAACACGCAAACACUCUCAUGUCAAGUAUUUGCUCUUUGCUCCCUGGCCGUUAUUUAAUUUUUAUAAUCUUUCAUUUUUAAGCCAAUCUUGAGCUUGAGCCAAUGGGAAGUGGAUUUCAGCGUAUUAAAGGAAUCGAAACCGGUCGUUACGUUGCAAUGAACAGUGGGGGCAUUGUUUAUUCAACGGUAAGUAAGGGGGUUCAACUUAUAACGGACUAUGUUAUCAGGCACAUUCGUUUGAGAUUUUUCGAAAUAAAAUUGAGUGAGAUUAUCAAAAGACCUUAAGCUUUAAAAAAAAAUUUUUAUUUUGAUAAAGUCCCUUUCAGAACAAGACUUUCCACCAAUCUCCCACGAGGGAAGGGGUAAGGGCACUUUUUCACGAAAUUCAUAAGUCAAUGAUCGCAAAAUCGAUGAUGCUACAUUUUUUUCAUUACCUUUUCUUACCGUGAUAUCUAAAAGGGAAAAAAUCUCAAAGGAAGAGAUUUAAAAAUUUUGAUAAAACAAUAUUUGACAAGCAAAUGAAAUGUACAAUAAAUUAUAACGGACUGUAAGCUGUUUUUGUGGGAUGCGGAGUGAUCAAGGCGUUAUGUGAUAUGUCGUGAUGUAAGAAAGGUGAAGUGACUUGCUAUGGAGUAACGUUGUGUUACGUUACGUGACGUGAUAAUAUGUAAAGUUUUGUGUUCUAAUUCGACAUUUUUCUGUUUAACAGAAUUCAACCAAUGAUGAAACAGUGUUUAAGCUAACAAUGGAGAGCACUUCCUAUCAUACAUUUGCGUCUGCGAAGUACUACAAAAAAUCAUUAUACGACACAUUCAUAUCCCUUGGACGCAAUGGGAAAAUCCGCAAAGGAAAAGACACCAAAGUCAGUCAAAAUAAAGUAAAAUUUAUUAUCUACACGGGAGACAGCUGUUGA